GCCUGUGCAGCGGCUGAGAUUACCCUUGCAGAAGGUUGCCACAGUGCUGCGACCUCGGUUCCAAAGUUCCUGCCUUUCUUUCCUGUAUCAGGCUCGCCGGCUACAGCGAGAGGGGCACAAUGAUGUAGAAUUAUCAUUUGUAGGUCUUGUCCUGGAAAUAUAUGCUAGGGUUUGACAGCUGAUCCACUGUAGGCCUGGAGAUCCUGGCGCGUCAGUUGCAUUUUUUUUGCUUGCUUGGUUCAGUUUUGUUGUGACCACAUGGGGUUGGUGGAAGGAAGCACGUUACGUGCUAAGAUAGCUUGUUUCCUGACCAUAUACAGUUUAAGCGUCUGUGUGUGAGAGGCGGAUAUAAGUGUGUGAAUGUUAGGAAGGUGUAUUCUGCGGAGAAAAAGAAAAGGGAAGUCUAUGUGCCUGUCUGAUAGAGAGAGCGAGCGAGAGAGAGAGAGAGAGAGAGAGAGAGAGAGAGAGAGCGAGCGAGAAGGAGAAAGUCACAUUGAAUGCUGGGCCGGCGUGCCGCAUUAUCUCGGCAAGAAACAACAUUAUAUCUUACUGUAUUCCAAAACUGUUAAGGAAAUAAGCGGCGACAUGCGAGGAAACGAAUUAAUGAGAUGACCCUAAAUCGGUGCUGAUAUUUUGUCAGAGAGAGGAGCCAGCGCUGAAGGUUGUUGCUACUCUAUAGUGGCCUUUAAUAGAAGGUGGAAUGGACUAAAUUUCCUGACUGACAGAAGCAGUGCUUGCUUAUAAUAGGACGCUGGUGUGCAGUUCCACAGGUGUUGACAACCUUCCUCACUUCGCCCAAGAGCCCAUUCUUCAUGUGGAAACUUAAACCGCUUCUCUGCAGAAUGUCAGCCAAGGAUCGACACAUUGAUUCAAGCUGCUCAUCAUACAUUAAGACAGAGCCGUCCAGCCCUGCCUCGCUGACAGAUAGUAUCAAUCACCACAGUCCAGGUGGCUCAUCGGACGCCAGUGGGAGCUACAGCUCCACUAUGAAUGGACACCAGAAUGGCCUGGACUCUCCCCCACUCUACACGACGACCACCCUGGGUACCAAUGGCAGCUCCCGUAAACGAUAUGACGACUGUUCGAGCACUAUAGCCGAAGACUCGCAGACCAAGUGCGAGUACAUGUUGAACUCCAUGCCCAAAAGAUUAUGUUUGGUCUGCGGUGACAUAGCAUCAGGAUAUCAUUACGGUGUUGCUUCAUGUGAGGCAUGCAAGGCGUUUUUCAAGCGCACUAUACAAGGUAACAUUGAGUACAGCUGCCCAGCAACAAAUGAAUGUGAAAUCACAAAGCGUAGACGCAAAUCUUGCCAGGCUUGCCGCUUUAUGAAAUGCCUAAAAGUAGGCAUGCUGAAAGAAGGUGUGCGCUUAGAUAGGGUGCGUGGCGGGAGGCAGAAGUACAAGCGCAGGAUAGAUGCAGAGAACAGCCCUUAUUUGAACCCUCAGCUGGUCCAACCAGCCAAAAAGCCAUUCAACAAGAUUGUCUCGCACUUGCUUGUGGCUGAGCCAGAGAAGAUCUAUGCCAUGCCUGAUCCCACUGUUCCUGACAGUGACAUCAAAGCCCUUACUACACUGUGUGAUCUGGCAGACCGGGAGCUGGUGGUCAUCAUUGGAUGGGCAAAGCAUAUUCCAGGAUUCUCUACAUUAUCUCUGGCUGAUCAGAUGAGUCUCCUCCAGAGUGCCUGGAUGGAGAUUCUGAUCUUGGGGAUUGUGUACAGGUCACUCUCUUUUGAGGAUGAGCUAGUAUAUGCUGAAGACUACAUCAUGGAUGAAGACCAGUCAAAGCUAGCUGGACUUCUUGAUCUGAAUAACGCCAUACUACAGCUGGUAAAAAAAUACAAGAGCAUGAAGCUGGAGAAGGAAGAGUUUGUCACCCUCAAAGCUAUUGCACUUGCUAAUUCAGAUUCAAUGCACAUAGAAGAUGUUGAAGCUGUUCAGAAACUGCAAGAUGUCUUGCAUGAGGCACUGCAGGACUAUGAGGCUGGGCAGCACGGGGAAGACCCACGCCGUGCUGGUAAGCUACUGAUGACGCUUCCUCUUCUCCGGCAGACAUCUACCAAAGCUGUGCAGCAUUUCUACAACAUCAAACUGGAAGGCAAAGUUCCCAUGCACAAACUAUUCUUGGAAAUGCUGGAGGCCAAGGUCUGACUAGAGGAACCUCGGCCUUCCCAUGAAAACAUACAGAAUGGGUUAGGCCACAGCAAAGGGAAGAAAUGUAGGAAUUGAAACAGACAAAAGUUAACUAGUGUUUAAUUGAAAAAAAACUGCACUGAUAUUUAGCAGUAUGACUGUGAAGCAGCUUUCAACUUCUCAUUCUUCUAAGAUUUUUUUCAUGCAGAUUUUGCUGUUGAAAUUUUUAAUGAGGUCUCUAAAUGAAGAGAGAGAAGGAAGCCAGCCCUGCCAAAGGAUGGGAAUCCAUAAUAUGGAUGCCACUGAAUUAAUAAGAAGAAAAAUAUCCCCAUCAACAAAGGAUUCAGACUGACAACUGUUUUACCUAACAGUACAGCGCAUUGACUGGAUGCAGUAUUAGGUUCCAUAUGAACAGUCUGUAAUUAGGCAUCGGAGCAGCGUUGCAUUGGCUGCUUCUCAUUGCAUUUUUUCCACCUUAGAUCAGUUACAGCCAUUUAAUUCCUUAAUUGUUUUCAAGUCUUCCAGAUAUUUCUUAGGUUAGGAACUAUGUCUAUUUCAGGGAAUAGUAAGCUUUACACAGUCAUGCAAUACUGAAAAUACUGCAUUUCUUUGCUGGCUGGAAAAACGAUGGACAGUUAUGAAGAACAAACAAAACUUUUUUUAAAACCUUUGUUGUUGAUGUUGUUUAUGGGUUUUUUGUACCAGCUUUACCACUACAGCCAUUUUAUUAAUCUGUGAAUUUAUCUUAAGCAAUAGUGAAUGAGAAGGUGCAUACUUUUUAUGAAUGCAAUUUAUGUUGAGUGCCAGUUCAGUCAAAAUCCUCAACUUCUUUAACAUGAGUAAUGCAUAACUUCAAGAUCACUACUGAAAUUAGGUUACACCUUUAUUGAUAGAUUAGUCAAUCUGACAAUUGAAUCCAGUGCAACAAGAUUAUACACUAGCUUAUCCCAGCAUAUUUUCGAAAUAUGGUACUAAUGUAAAAUAAUGUACUUUGCAGACAUAUUUAUUAACCAUUCAAAACAUGACUGUUAAGGUGUAAAUUUGAUUUAGCGACUAAUCAGAUGUUUUUCCUCCCCUUUAAAGGCUACAUUUGCUACAUUUUAAAAACAAACAAAGACGCUAACCUGUACCAAGUACUCAAAUGUCAGUAUUAGUAGCUGCUCCCUGUUGUACCAUGUGACAUCCUCUUCUGUGUACACAUAUGUAAUCAAAGAUUGUGAGCCUAACCUGAGGUCAUGUAUUGGAAACAAAAAAAAAUGUUGUAGUUCAGCUUGCAAUGUUUCAUGUUUGCUGUGUUCUUCUAAUUUUAGUUGAAUUCAAAGACUGUUGUCUUGUUCUUAUUGUGGUGUUAGAUUCUUGUGAUUGUACGCAUUAGACACAGGGUAGAAUUAGAGACAGUAAUGGAUGUAAAAUUCCUCAGGAGAUAGUGUAUUCUAUUCCUUACUGGUGAUAAGAUUGCUCCUAUUAAUAAUAAGAACAAAUAGUUUAAGAAUCAGAACAAAUAUCUCUUCUGACAAUACACAUUUAAAUCAUUAAUUUAAAAAGGGAUAUUUUGUGUAACAGUUUAUUGUAGAAUAACAAUGUAUAUCUUAGAAAAGAAUUUGAAUAUUUCCAAUCAAUAGGUAAAUGUCUAAUUUUUAAAUGCUGUAAAUAUAGCUAUGUUCAAACAUCUCAAAUAGUUGUUAAAACCAGCUUUGUGUCGUUACAAGUUUUUGGUGCAUACAAGUUUCCCAAACUACUGCUACAUUGUGUGCUUUGAACAAAAAAAUAAGAAAAAAGACAAAAAGGUUGACGGUAUGCAUCAACCUUGUGCUAUAAAUACUGUGUAUCAUUAGCCGUACGAGACUAUAUAGUAGAUUGUGGUUUCUCAGUAGAGAAUUGACUGUACUGUGAUUCUAGACUUUAUUCAUCAUUAGCAGCUCAUUCAGGUGGUCAAUAACUUGAGGUUUAUAGCUGUAAUAGGGAACUAAGAAGCUGGCACGACCCUUAAAAAAAAUCCAACUCCUGGGAGUAAGGUGCUGAUCUUGAGUAAUAGGAGCUUAGCUCUGUGGAGUGCAAGGGAAGGAUUUAAAUUUUAUUUUGUUCAGCUUAUGGUUAGAACCAGCAGCAAAAUCUCACUUACCAGUACUCAGAGCAGCAAACUCAGAUAUUUAAAAUGGUUCUACGUUUUAAGCUGUAUCUAUUUUUUUUUCUCCUUUCUUUUCUUUACAAUUAUCUUUUUUUCUGUUUAAUUAUGGCAAUAUGAUUGUGCGACUCCUUACUGUUGCACUUGCAUUUCAAUCAGAACAAAUAUUUAUUCCACUAUUUGCAUUUUAAAAAAAGACAAGUUUCAAAAUAAUAUGAAAAAAUUAUAAACAGCUAUUUUUCUUAUAUAGAAGAGAAUGUUGGGUGUUGGUGGUUGUAUUUAAAUUAUUUAUGCAUCUGUGUUUACCUGCCUACAAAACAAUUUACGGCAGUCUUACAUGCAAAGUUUAAAAGCAGAGAAAAAAGUUUUAAAAAAGCUACAAAUACCAGGAGUUGAAGUUUAAUCUGUAGUGAAAAACCAUGUCUGUAGUCUAGACAAGCUUUGUGCUUCACAUCUGUAAACAAUCAACUGUAUAUUUUUGUGACGUGUAUCAUACUGUGUGCUCUGACAGAUGUCCAUUUGUGUAAAUGUAUUUAUUUUAUAUUGUAUAUAUUGUUAAUGCAAAAGGAGACAAUGAUUCUGUAACUUUAAUCAGUUCCAAUGUGUACUCUAAUUAUGCCUUUCAGGAUGAUGGUAGAGCAAUAUUAAACAAGCUUCCACUU